CUCCCGAUGCUCAGUAGAGCAAUAGCAGUUUCACACGUACGCACGAAAACGACUGAAUCUACGCAUGUGCUACAGCCUCAUUUCCUGUAGCGUCUCAAAAAUCAUAAGUUAAAACCAUAACUGCCACGGCGACAGUGUCGGGUGUAAUUGUGAACAUAGGUGAAUAUAAUUGAACCUAAGCAGUGUACGUGACUAUUACGUUACUUCAAUCCUACGACUUCAAGGAAGUUUCGCGGCGGAGACGUUCCGCCCACGAAGACGACAGAGACGACCGUCAACUUUUCGUGGUGGCGUUUUUGUCUGUGUUUAACAAUAAUUAUACGACAAACAUCGCGCCCCCGCUAUGAUUCACAGUGGCGGCGGCGCCGACUGUUACACCGGUACGGCGGCAACCACGACGAAUGCUGGCAAUCCGACGACCAUGAUGUUGGUAAAUAUACAACAGCAACAACAAAUACAACCACAACAGCAGCAGCAACAACAACAGCAGCAACAGCAAACGGCUGCAGAUACCCCGGCGGACUUUUGGUGGUGGUCCACAUCGACGGCCCAGCAACUCGCCGACAACGGUGGAGCGAUAGCCGGACACCAACUCCAGCAAAUAUCGUCUUCAUCUUCCCAACAGCAACAGCACCACCAAACAAUGMACGGAGACGAGUUUGACGGUUUCGACUUGUCGUUGCUCAUAAACGGCGCAAGCGACGGGUACUUCAGCGACACGUCUUCAGCUGACUGCCGAGUGCCAGGGGCCGCCAUUUCUGCGACGGUUACCGUGCACACCAACACGUCCAUGGACGGUGGCAGCGACGAUGGCAACUGUUACUACCCGACAUCCGUGACGUCGACCUCACUGCAACAACAAUUGGACCUACAGCAACUUCUGUCCAUAUACGACGACAUGUGUUUUUUCAGCGGUGGUACCGCUGAAGAUGAUGCAAAAUCAAUUUUCCAUCAGCAACCUCCGGUGGCCCCGGCCGAGGUGUCUACAACGACCGCCGGUGUCAGUCAACCCAAAACCACCGUGCCGGUCAUCCCAGCCAGCCAGCUCGUCAACACCACGACGACGAUAACUGACACCACCACCAACGCCGCCGCAGACACCGCCAAGAACCACGUCGGCAAAACCACUCUGUUGAGAUCGCUGUUGACAGCUACAGCACCACAGCCCGUGAUGCCGCUUUCAGCCACGCGCCCAGUCGACUCACCACCAGCGGCCAUAGUCGAAUCCACCACUGAAGUGGCGACGCCGACGACGACGACAACGACAAUGAAACAAGAGGCCUCCUCACAGAACAGCCACAACAAAAACAACAACAACAAACACCGACUGCUGAUAGAAAUGUUACGCAGUGGAAACGAGGACGACGACGUAGUCCCCACGGCCACGACAGUGCGGCCCGCGCGCCGCAGGCCACGUGCCGAUGAGACUAUCGGUUCCGAUGACGAAAACGGGCCGCCGCAAGGCAGUCGCCGCCGACUAGAUACCCCGCCGUCUCUGCAACUGGACGGUGGACAGGCGUCCAGACAAGACGUCACGGACGAUGACGAGCUGCUGUUGUACGGUGGUCCUUAUUAUUCCAACGUGGCGUCGCCUUCGUGGCUGGACCGCAUGGUGGCGGCGGCUGCCGCUGCGACAACGGGCGCCACCACUACCGAUUUUUAUCCAUACACCACAGACACCACCGUAGACCAGCAGGUGCUGCAACAAGACAUCUACCGUCGUCGACAACAACAACAACAGCAGCAGCAGCAACAGAACAGCGACAGUACAGUGGACAUCGUUAACAUCGUGGACGACUGUUGCAGCGUCAGCGAUUAUUGCAACAGCUACGGCAUCGGUAGCAGUGGUGGCUUUGACCAGGGUUACUACUCCAUUGCUUCGGCCGAAGUGGCGUACAGCCCACAAAAUUCUGCUCCGGUGCCAUCCAUCACGCCACCGCCAUCUUCGUGUGGAGACCCAUCGACGACGAGCACGAGCGACGACGGUGAUAACAUGGUCCAACAAGUGUCGACCUGGAAAACUACCGAAGCAACGACAUCYGACGACUAUUACGACAGGCUUCUGAUGACGGUUAUGAUGGAGGCGGCGGCUGCGGUGGCUUCAGUUUCAUCGCCGGCCAGCGAUAGCAAUUGCUCCGGUACAACUGACAAUGUCGGCAGCAACUUCAUCAGUAGCAGCAGCAGCAACAGYAACAGCAACAGCACUUGUAGCACUACUUUCAAAAGCGAUAUCAGUGAUGAAAGUGGCGACGUGAACGGCGACGGUGACGGCAACAACAACAUGUGCUUCAAAAUCGAAGUGGACGACGACGAGUACUGUGGMGACGCGGCCACUACGACGGCCGCCGAUUACGACGAUGACGACGACGAAAUCGAAUCGGACGUAUCCGAAACGAAGUUUCAAUCGAGCCAGCUCCUUGUCAAGGCCUCCGCGACAUGCUGUUCGACAACGGCGGCUGUGGUUGAGCCGGAAAACAAGACAUUAUCGGCCGCUACGACGGCCGUAACCGCUUCCGGUUCCCCGUCGUCGUCACAACACAUCCAUUUGUGGCAGUUCCUCAAGGAACUGUUAACCGCGUCAUCAGCAGCCGCGGAACUGCAGACGACCACCGCGGACGUCGAAGCGGUUAACUGUAGCGCGUCACCAUCGUCGCCGUCUGCGUCGUCGACGACGCUCUCAAACACCGCAGGGAACAAGCCACAGCAGCCGCAGCAGAUGAUUCGGUGGCUGGACCGGAAGCAGGGUGUUUUCAAAAUCGAAGACAGCCAGGCCGUGGCCCGUCUCUGGGGCCGCCGCAAGAAUCGGCCUGCCAUGAACUACGACAAACUAUCCCGAAGCCUACGACAAUACUACAAAAAAGGCAUUAUGCGCAAGACGGAACGUUCACAACGGCUCGUCUACCAGUUUUGUCAUCCGUAUAACGCUUGACGAAACUAAAACUUAAUAUAAUAAAAA